AGGCAGAGCCCGAUGAUGUGGCCAUCACUCUCCUGCGGGUGGCCCCAACGUGUGACAGAGCUGCUAUGGCCAUGUGGACGACCAUCUUGCUCUCGCCCUGGAUUUCAGAGGAAGUGACACCGCUCCUCAUCAAUGUGGUGGGGAGCUGGCCGCAGAAAAACCUGGGCACCUCUGAUGGGGACAAGACGGCUGUCUUUUCCCUGACUGCAACUCUGGUGAUGUGGAAGAUCCUCCAGGGGCCCUGUUGCCCACAGAUCCUCACAGUCUAUUUCCCCCGCCUCUUUGUGCAUCUGCUCUUCCAAACGUACUUCAGUACUUUGUAUAUGACAGAGGACGUCCAUACCUUCUGGAAGGAAUGCCAGGAGCAACACGGCCUCUCCACCAGCCCCAACAGGUUUGCAGUGCAGACCCUGAAGGCCCUGCUCUGCAGUCUCCACUUGGAGCAUGUGGUGGUGGCAAUGGAACGCAAGCGUGGCUGGGACACGCUGCUCUGUGCUGACACCCACCACUAUGCCGUGGGUCUGCUGGCCAGGGUAAUGCGCCGUGCAUCCGCCCACUUGUGCAAAGGCAUCUUAAGCUACCUGCUUGAGGUGCUCAGCAAACCGUUGCCACUCUGGGAUGUCUCUGCCAUGGCAUUCCUUGUGGAGCUCCUAGAUUGCCUGGACUUGAGUGACUGUGGUGACAGCCUAAUGGAUAUCUUGUAUAAGUACCUGUGGUACAAUUCCAGAGAGAUGCAUCACCAGGUUCUCAGGGCUCUCCUCCUGCUAAAGGACCGUCCCUCCAUGGUGAGAAGGGGGCAGCAGCUGAAGCUGUGUGGGCAGCAUGAGGCUGGGCAAUGCUGUCACUUGGCCUUGGCUGGCCUUUGCCUUGGGCGCUGAGGCAGCUCCUCGCAG